AUGGAGAUUGAGAGAGAAUUCCAAGUAGGCCUAUCUAGAUCCAUAAUGACAAUUCACAAAGCAAGUCCUCUAGGUUUCAUCACACUAGUGAUGGUAAUACUAGUGGUGGGUUCUGAUGCUGGGGGAAUCGCGAUCUAUUGGGGACAGAAUGGAAAUGAAGGCACCCUGGCUGAAACUUGUGCCACGGAGAACUAUCGUUUUGUGAACUUAGCAUUUCUUUCAACAUUUGGCAAUGGCCAGACUCCCAUGAUCAACCUAGCAGGUCACUGUGAUCCAUAUAGUAAUGGCUGCACUGGUUUAAGCUCGGAUAUAAAAUCGUGUCAAGCAAAAGGAAUCAAGGUAAUGCUUUCUAUUGGAGGAGGGGCUGGAAGCUAUUCCCUUGCCUCUUCCGCAGAUGCCAGACAAGUCGCGACUUACCUUUGGAACAACUUUUUGGGCGGCCAGUCCUCCUCUCGGCCACUUGGUGAGGCUGUUUUGGAUGGAAUUGACUUUGACAUCGAAGGAGGAACAAGCCAACACUGGGAUGAGCUUGCUAGGUACCUUUCAGGAUACAGCAAGAGAGGUAAGAAGGUUUAUUUAACUGCAGCUCCCCAAUGCCCAUUUCCUGAUGCUUGGGUUGGAGGUGCCUUAGAGACAGGUCUCUUUGAUUAUGUUUGGGUUCAAUUCUACAAUAAUCCUCCUUGUCAGUACUCUUCUGGAGCUGUUGCUGAUCUUGAAGAUUCAUGGAAGCAGUGGACUUCAGCUAUUCCGGCUACAAAAAUUUUCCUAGGAUUACCUGCUGCUCCUGAUGCAGCUGGAAGUGGCUUCAUUCCCGUACCUGAUCUCACUUCACAAGUUCUUCCAGCCAUUAAGGAUUCUGCCAAGUAUGGAGGGGUGAUGCUAUGGUCCAAGUACUACGAUGAUCAAACUGGUUAUAGUGCAUCCAUCAAAAGCCAUGUCUAA